AUGCGCUUUCUUGCCACUGUGGUCGCCGCUCUUUGCGUAGCAGUGGUGGCUGCCCAGAAAAACAAUGCCAUCAGCAUCCCCGAAGGACAAUCCACAUUGGAUGUCACUGCCGGGAAGCCUUUGACGAUCGACUGGACCAACCCUUCAAGCGGCACCGUCACCAUCAAGCUGGCGCAGGAUCCAAUUACCCCUGACUCGGGUGUCGUCCUAGCCUCCGGCGUCCCUGCCUCUGACAAGACGGCCACCCUGCAAAUCCCUGCUGCCGACGACGUCAACUCCCACCUGUACACAAUCGAGAUCAUCGACGAUACCGACUCCAGUAACACCAACUUCUCGCCGAACUUUGGAAUUCAAGGCGCCACGGGAACAGGGACGGGAAGCGUUUCGACCGCGUCCUCCACCGGUACCGCAAGUACAGCGUCGAAGACUAGCACGAAUUCGACAGCCACGGAUUCGAGCGCAGCAUCAUCUGCCGCAGCCACAUCAUCCGCCGCAGCUGCAUCAUCUUCUGCAGCCGCCACCAGCGACAGUGCUAGCAGCAGUGAAUCUGCUUCCACUAGCGCAACAUCCUCCCAGGCCGAAUCAUCUUCCACCUCAUCUGCUGCCCCGACCGAGACCACCUCUGUUCCAAGCAGUAACACCAAUGCAGGCAGCGGGUUGAAGAUCCAGGGAGGUGUCCUUGCAAUGGCCGUUGGCUUAGUCGUGGCCCUGUAA